AUGGAUGAUGAAGACGGAGAGAGACGUGUUCGUGCGAAGCGAUCAGGUGAUAAAGUCGAGGAAGUAGAUCGGCUGAGAAACUUACCAGAUUGCUUGCUUAAUGAGAUUCUCUUGAAACUUCCCACGAAGGAUGUGAUUAAGUGGAGAUAUGUACCUGGCUUGGACUUCGAGUGUCGUGAUUUCAUGACGAGUGAGUUUCAUGAUCCCUCUGAAUUCAUCACUAUGUUGGGUUUCGCUUAUAGGUAUCUGGGUUUCAACAGUGAGCCGUGCUUACAGAAGUUUAAACUAACGGUUAAUUUGUAUGAGGGUGUUUUUCUUGAUACUGCUCAUUUCACCCAUUGGAUGAACGCUGUUUUUGAGAGGAAAUUUCAACAUCUCCAUAUCUUGGACAGAUUUUGGGGGAUGGACGGAGUGGAGUUUUGUACCCUUCCAGAGGAGGAGGGAGUUGGUAUCUUACCAGGACCUCGUAGGUUUCUAACAUCUCUCGAGUAUGUUAAGAUUGUGAAGCCGGACUCAGAGGAGGAGGAGGAGGAGGCGACAGAGAUAGACCUGGAACUAGUGAGUUACUUUCUAGAGAACUCAGCAAUCCUCAAGAAACUCACACUAUGCUUAGGUUACUUGAGACGUAGGGAAGAAUCUGUCAUCCUUAGGAAACUCCUUACCAUUCCAAGACUCUCUACCUCAUGCCAAGUUUUCGUCCUCUGA